CUGUGGUACAGUUUUCUCCAAAAGAUAUCGUUUCAGCCAGAAGACUUCACGGGCGAUUCAUCCAAAAAAGCUUCACCUGCAGAUGGUCAACACGGAGAAGCACGGCAUCCAUCACGGAUUUCUGGCUCCCGAAAUAUGAAAUUUGACGCGAAGAAAAAAAAGUGGAAAGAACCUGAGACUACAACAACCACAACCACUACUACCACAACGACUACAAAAGCCGCAACGACAACGGAGGACGAAAGCGAGUCGACUACCGCAUAUCCCUCAGCACGGUGCACAUACAGCGCCAUGUAUCAAACCGCGUUCCAAGGACAAAAGUUAAUAAAAAGCAUCUACGUGAAAGAGUUAGUAUGA